CUGCUGCUUCCGGCAGCUCCCGCUCACCUCUCAAGUCUCUUCCAAGCUGCAGCUUUUCUACUUGCACUGAAACUGUCCUCUUUCUGACUUCCUUUUGUCAGAACACAGAAGAACAGAAGAAAUGACUACUCUGUUAAGGACUUAGGAAAUUUAGUUGUUUUUUUUGUUCUUUUUUUACUUGAAACUAUCUGACGUGCAGCGUUCACUUGUCACCAUGAGAAGUCGGAGCAACUCUGGCGUUAAACUGGACAACUAUGCACGGGUAGUGCAGCAAACUAUCCUGAGGCACCAAGAUCCAGUCACGGGUCUUCUCCCCGCCAGCACAGAUCACCCGGACGCCUGGGUCAGAGACAAUGUCUACAGCGUCGUGUCCGUCUGGGCCCUGAGUCUGGCCUACAGGAAGAACGCUGACAGGGAUGAAGACAAGGCCAAGGCGUACGAGCUGGAGCAGAGUGUGGUGAAGCUAAUGAGAGGUGUCUUUCAGUGCAUAUUGAGGCAGGUAGAGAAAGUGGAGAAAUUUAAAUACAGCCGCAGUACCUCAGACUCACUCCACGCCAAGUACAACACCCAUACCUGCGCGACUAUCGUCGGGGACGACCAGUGGGGUCACCUGCAGGUCGACGCCACCUCGCUCUUCCUGCUCUUCCUCGCUCAGAUGACGGCAUCUGGUCUCCACAUCAUCUACACCCAAGAUGAAGUAGACGUAGUUCAGAAUCUCAUGUUCUACAUUGAGGCAGCUUACAAAGUGGCAGACUAUGGGAUGUGGGAGAGAGGAGACAAAACCAACCAGGGCAUCACUGAGAUCAAUGCCAGCUCUAUCGGCAUGGCCAAGGCAGCUUUGGAGGCCCUGGACGAACUCAACCUCUUCGGAGCCAAAGGAGGACCUGGAUCUGUCGUCCACGCUCUGGCUGACGACAUACAGCACUGCCAGUCCAUCCUGACAUCCAUGCUACCCAGAGCGUCCAUGUCUAAAGAGGUGGACGCCGGAGUUCUGGCCAUCCUCACAUACCCCGCCUUCGCCGUGGAGGACAUCAACAUCGUCAACAUGACUAAGGAGGAGAUCAUCUCCAAGCUGCAGGGUCGAUACGGCUGCUGCAGGUUUCUCAGAGACGGACACAGGACCCCAAACGAGGAUCCAAAUAGAUUAUACUACGAGUCAGCAGAGCUGAAGCUGUUUGAGAACAUCGAGUGCGAGUGGCCUCUCUUCUGGACCUACCUCAUCCUGGAUGGCAUCUUUAGCAACACUCUGGAACAGGUGCAGGAGUAUGAGGAGGCGUUGGAGGGGAUUUUGAUCAAACAGCAAGAUGGGAUACGACUUGUGCCAGAGCUCUACAGUGUCCCUUUAGAUAAGGUGGAUGAGGAAUGCAAUAACCCUCACUCUGUGGAGAGGGUUCCUAUGGGCAAGUUACCUCUGAAAUGGGGACAAUCCCUCUACAUCCUCGGAAAGCUCUUAGCUGAGGGGUUUCUUGCCCCUGGAGAGAUUGACCCCCUGAACCGGCGUUUCUCCACCAUCCCAAAGCCAGAUGUGGUCGUGCAGGUGUCAAUUUUGGCCGAGACAGAUGAGAUCAAGGAGCUGCUGAUGAAGAACGGUAUCGAGGUGGAGACUGUGGCGGAUAUCCUUCCCCUCCAUGUUCAGCCUUCCAGAGUCCUCAGCCACAUCUAUGCAAGACUAGGCCGCAACCCGAGGCUGGGUCUGACGGGACGACCCUACAGGAGAAUAGGAGUGCUGGGAACAUCCAAGUUCUACAUAAUCAGAAACAGCAUCUUCACAUUCACACCUCAGUUCAUCGACCACCAGCAGUUCUACAUGGCCCUGGACAACAAGAUGAUCGUUGAGAUGUUGAGGACAGAAAUCUCCUACCUGUCGUCCAGAUGGAGGAUAACUGGACGACCAACGAUCUCGUUCCCCAUUUCACAAACCAUGCUGACUGAAGAUCACACAGAUCUGGAUCCUGCCGUCUUGGCGACACUGAAGAAGUUACAGGAUGGAUAUUAUGGAGGAGCAAGGAUCCAGACAGGGAAACUCUCGGAGCUCUUGACAACCUCCUGCAGUGCUCAUCUCAGUUUCCUGGACGGUAAGGGUUCUGGCAGCAUGGGCCGCCGCAGCGACGAUUAUGAUGAUGAUGAUGAUGAUGAUGACGGCGAUGGAUACGUGCAUGAGUUACGGUGUGAUGAUGAGGCGGACGACCUCGCCCAGUACCUGGACCACCUGUUGGCCCAGUCCGCCCCCAAGAAGCCCAAGCGUAAGCUCGGGGGUCUGGGCAGGUUCAAGGCCGUGGCCACCAAAACCAAGGAGAUGGUCUCCCUGAUGAACAAGGCUCAAGAGCUCAACAUAGAAAAUGUCGGCAUGUACUUGCCAAACAAGCUGUUUCGUUCCAGUCAGACUUCACUAAACCUGCACCUCCACGAAUCCUCUACUCAAGAAGAGAACAAGGGCUCAGCCGCCUCGUUUACAGCAGAGAGCGGCAUCCCCAAAGACGAGAGCGGAGCCGUCGACUACAACGCUCUGGUCCAGCUGCUGAAAGACACCAAGAGUCUCCAAGACCAGGCAGAUAUACUUUAUAUCCUCUUCAAAGACAAAGGCAUGGAGUGGGACACCCAGCUGCACGGGAAAGGAACCACGGUGAGGUCUCUGCUGAGCGACCUGUACGAGAAGGCGGGCGAUCUCAAGCACUGGGGCCUCAUCAGGAUGAUCUCUGGCAUUCUGAAGAAAAGGGUGGAGGAGCUGGAGUGGGCCUGCUCCGAUUUGCUGUCACACCAGAAGCACCUGACGGUGGGACUUCCCCCUGAGCCCAGAGAGAAGACCAUCACCGCUCCCAUCCCGCUGGACCAGCUGGCUGCUCUCAUCAGUGAGGCCAGCGACAACAACAUCAGCGUGGCCAUCCUCACUCAGGAGAUCAUGGUGUACCUGGCCAUGAGCAUCAGAACCCAGCCCAGUCUGUUCAGCGAGAUGUUCCGGCUGCGGAUCGGCCUCAUUAUUCAGGUGAUGGCGACCGAACUGGCUCAGUCGCUCAACUGCUCAGGAGAGGAGGCCACGGAGAGUCUGAUGAGCCUCAGUCCCUCUGAGCUGAAGAACCUGCUCCACCACAUCCUCAGCGGGAAGGAGUUUGGCGUCAUGCGCAGCGUGAAAGAGGUGUCCGGUGUCAGUCCGUUGUCAGCCAUCUCCAUACAUCACCUGGGCAACGUGGGCGCCACCAAGAGCGAGAGAGCGGGCAUCAGCAAGCUGAAGAGCGACAUGAAGAUGCUGGAACACAGGUUGUCUUUGACGGACCCCAGUAAGGCUGAGCACAGGUUGUCCUUAACGGAUCCGUUUCAGAUGGACCGCAAAGUCUCUUUGACCGACUCAGUUGAGGGCGCACAAGCUCAGACGAUGGACAUAGAAAGCAUCGAAUCUGGGGGAUACAAACUGCCGUCCAUAGAGUCCCUGGACGUUCCGGACAGCAUUCCGCAUAGUAAGGAUACCAAACAUGGCCAGUGGCUGCGUAGGAGGCGGCUGGACGGAGCGCUGAACCGGGUUCCCGUCGGCUUCUACCAGAAAGUCUGGAGGAUUCUGCAGAAGUGUCACGGUCUGUCCAUAGAGGGGUUCGUCCUUCCAGCGUCAACCACCAGGGAGAUGACUCCAGGAGAGAUCAAGUUCUCGGUCCACGUGGAGACGGUGCUGAACCGAGUCCCUCAGCCCGAGUACCGGCAGCUGCUGGUGGAGGCCAUCCUGGUCCUCACCAUGCUGGCCGACGUGGACAUCCCCAGCAUCGGCUCCAUCAUCCACGUGGAGAAGAUGGUCCACCUGGCCAAUGACAUGUUCUACAAGGAUCAGAAGGACCUGGGAGCAGAGGAGCACAUCCUGGAAAGGGACCCGUCCACCGGGGUGUGCAGGCUGCUGUACGACAGCGCCCCCAGUGGCCGCUUCGGGAGCAUGACCUACCUCACCAAGGCCGUGGCCGUGUACGUCCAGGACUUCCUGCCCAGCGGGUCGUGCGCUGUGCAGUGAGACGGCGCCACGUGCAGAGAGAAAUCAUGCCGUAGUUUUUAUAUUUAAGGUUAAUAGAGAAGAAGGAGGAUCGGCUGCUACAGCGUGUGCAAAAGUGUGGUGGUGUUGCUCUUUUCCUAGGCUGCAUGGAAGCGGCCAUCUUUUAGCUUUAACCACACUGACGUGUCGUUUUUGUGUGUAGCUGUGUGUGUUAGAUUAUCUUUGCAUUUUAAAGGAGCAUUCACACACCUUCAGUAGGCAACGUCCUCAAGUCUUGAACUCCGCCUUCACCGCUGUUUGCACGGUAUCAGCACAAAUGUUAGCAAUGGCAUUAGUGGUUUUCUUUCUUUAUUUUUGUAAAUGCCCAGAUUUACUCAAGCAGGCAUAACGGUUUUUACUUGGCAACAGAGAGAGCGAUGACCACCUCCUUCAGGCGAGGUUUGGGUCAAACCGCAGGUUUAGGCUGCAGCGUAGUGGGAAACCAGGCGCCAUAAGCUACGCCGUGUCCUGACAUGUGAUGUCACCACUGCAACAAUGCGUGGUAGCUACACGGUAGCUACUACUUCCUUUUUGUUGCUUUUAAGCUGAGUAAAAAGGCUACGAUAUCAGUAACCUAAACUAAAGGACGCGCAGCACUGCAGGGAAGAACCGGUGUAGGUUAUAUACGCACGCUUCGUGCGUAGCUGCUACCUACGUAGAAGAUUAGCCCUCCUUUUGCAAAUGUUACCCUGAAUAACGCUGCAUUCAUUGGGAGUUAUUUCCAUUAUUUAUUUUGGUGCAUGUGUAUUUGAGUGACAGCUAACCCAGCUCACAUGCUUAUGGUGCUUAGUAACAUAUCAACUUAUAGGUGAAAGUACAGUUGGGUUGUUUUUUUAGGUAGUUUUUGAACAUGAAGCUCUAUAAGACAGAAAUACAAUGAUGCUGUGAUACAGGAUCAGGAUGUUGGGACAAAUAUAAUUUAAGGUAGCGAUUCAUAAAUCCAUCCUACUUCUAUUUGUUUGUUUCUGGGGAGAAAAAAGUGAAUAAUCUCGGCAAACCUUUUCAUUUGUGUGUUCAUCAAAAAUUAAACAUAGUUUCUAAAUAAAUGGAUUUUUCUAAACAAUACUAAUUUAUUGAAUGGGACGAUUGUAAGCUGCAAUGUAGAAAAUGAAAUAAAGUCGAUGUCUUAAAGGUUGUUGGACUUAACCACUGGAAUGUAGAUUGUUUUCUCCUUUUUUUUAUUGUGCAAAAGUAGUAGCCUUUGAAAUGGUGUAUUCAUGAAAACCUCGUUUCUGAGGUCGGCUUUUAUUGCGUUAACUCUUAUUUCAGCCUGCAGUGUGCAGCUUUGCAUGGCUGCUUUUAAACGCCGAGGAGUUGGGUUUCUGUCAGCUGAAUUUCUGACUUGAUUCACGGACUAACCGUAGAAAAACUGGCCGUCCACGCACAUCUGUCAUUUUAAUUUAUUCUGAACUCAUUUCACCAUUAACAGUUGGCUGUUUAAAGGGAAAAAAAGUAAUAAAGUGAAUGUAUGUGGAGAA